CUUCUGAUCGUUCGGAUUUAAGACUGAUGGCAAGUUACGUGGCUCAAGCGACCACCCUCUCUGAUCUUUAAGGAUAAAGUCCCAUCUCUUCUUUUAGCCUGGAAGGCUGGAAAUACAUACACCGAUCCGAUACAUAAGAAAGAGGGGAAGCUACCGACGGCCGCUGUAAAACCUGUAAUGGCGACGCCUGUGAAAGUAUAUGGACCGCCCAUGUCCACUGCCGUUUCAAGGGUGUUAGCAUGUCUCCUCGAAAAACAAGUUCAGUUUCAGCUCAUCAGCGUCAACAUGUCUAAGGGCGAACACAAAAAACCCGAUUUUCUCAAGCUUCAGCCCUUCGGACAAGUCCCAGCCUUUCAAGACGAAGAUAUUUCUCUGUUUGAGUCUAGAGCGAUAUGCCGAUACAUUUCGGAGAAGUACGCGAAGCAGGGGAACAAGAGUUUGUUUGGGACAGGGCCACUAGAGAAGGCUUCGAUAGAUCAGUGGUUGGAGGCAGAAGGGCAGAGCUUCAACCCACCCAGCUCCGUUCUUGUGUUUCAGCUUGCGUUCGCACCAAGAAUGAAGCUCAAGCAGGACGAGGGCUUGAUCAGACAGAAUAAGGAGAAGCUGGGGAAGAUACUUGACGUGUACGAGCGGAGGCUCGGGGAAAGUCGGUUCCUCGCCGGUGAUGAGUUUACGCUAGCCGAUCUUUCUCACCUGCCCAACACUCAUUACUUGGUGAAUGACACAGAUAGCGGGCACCUGUUUAACUCAAGGAAAAACGUUGGGAGAUGGUGGGAUGAGAUCUCCAGUCGGGAAUCAUGGAAAAAAGUGGUUGAGCUGCAGAACUCUCCACCUCCACCGACCUCUUGAUUCUUGAAAAUAAUGGGUACAGUGGCCUUUCACCGACAUGGGGACUGCUAGAUCGUUUCCACAGCAUCUUUCUUUUUCUUUUUGCUUUUUGGCUCCUACCUAGUUAAGUACCUGAGAUUUACUUUUUCAGUUGUGUUGUCAAUUUGCUUUGUGCUUUUUCUUCUGUUUUCGACAAGUUUGUUUCUCUCCAUUUCCAAGCUUGUGGGUAGGACGGAGCUAGGAUUGUUGGAAAUGGAUUGGAUUUUCAAUGUAAUUAUGUAAUUUGGUCAUUACAGAAAUUCUGAAGGAAAUAGUCCAUCUCCUCAUUUCUAUUCUACAAUGAA